ACUCAAGGUAGAGGUUACUGGGGACGCGGCGAGGUGCCAAAUACUGGCCCGGAGUCUCUCGGUAUGGACUGGUUCCGGCAAUGUUGCGCAUGCGGACGAACAAGCGCCCAAGUCACCAGCGGAACCUCCGCGUUGAGCAGAGGUUGCAGCACGGCGCCAGGCUGCAGGAGGCAGAGGCGUGCGCGCACGCCUAGUGGCGCUUCCGGCACAGCCUGCCGUGGUAGCGGUCUCUAGGGGUGUAGGUUCGCUGAGUGAGGGUGUGCACCCUUCUACGCGCCGUCGCGGUCUCCCAGGGGGCUGAGGCCAGUGUGGGACACCUCGGUGGCGUGUCCAAGGCUGCCUGUGCAUCACUGCCUCUCUUGUCCUGUCCCCGGCCAGUGGCGCUGAGAAAGGGCUUAGUGUGACGAGUGGGAAUAGCAAGAAAAGAUCCGGUUAGAUUUCUGUGCACAUCGAAUGAAGUUAAGUCCUGUGAGCGAGCACAUAGCAAAAAAAGAAAGAAAAUGAAGUUAAAGUUUAAAGAACUAGAGAGUCGCCUGCAACAAGUGGAUGGAUUCGAAAAACCCAAGCUCCGUCUAGAACAGUACCCAACACGGCCGCACAUUGCAGCUUGUAUGCUCUAUACAAUCCAUAACACAUAUGAUGACAUUGAAAAUAAAGUGGUUGCAGAUCUAGGAUGUGGCUGUGGAAUGCUUAGCAUUGGAACUGCAAUGUUAGGAGCAGGGUUGUGUGUUGGAUUCGACAUAGAUGAAGAUGCGCUGGAAAUAUUUAAUAGGAAUGUCGAAGAGUUUGAAUUAACAAAUGUUGAUAUGAUUCAGUAUGAUGUGUGUUCAUUAUCUAACAGAAUGCCCAAGUCAUUUGACACAGUGAUUAUGAAUCCUCCCUUUGGGACCAAAAAUAAUAAAGGGAUAGAUAUGGCUUUUCUUAAGACUGCUUUGGAAAUGGCAAGAACAGCAGUAUAUUCUUUACACAAAUCCUCAACUAGAGAACAUGUUCGGAAAAAAGCUGCAGAAUGGAAAAUCAAGAUAGAUAUUAUUGCAGAGCUUCACUAUGACCUGCCAGCAUUAUAUAACUUUCAUAAAAAGAAAUCAGUGGACAUUGAAGUGGACCUAAUUCGGUUUUCUUUUUAAAAGCCUCCAAAGACAAAAAGCAGCUUAAAAUCUAAGAUGAAUUAAAAAAAAAAAAUUGGUUACUAAACUACUGGUCUCCAGCACCAUUUUCUGUUUUCUGUUGUUUUGAUGCAGGUUCUUCUUUGUCUGUUUCUUCUCUUGCUCUUUUCACUGGUCCUGUAAAAUAACAGACUUUUUGUUAAAUUCACUGUGACUACUGCUCCAUUUUAAUACUGAGCACAAUUAUUAACAGUUCUGCUUUAAUGCAACAACUUUCCUAUACUAAUGAGAAAGUUUUUUUCUUUUAGUACAGAGCUUUGGAUUGCUAAACUUACUUACCAAAUAUUCUGUCUCCCGCUUGUAAAAGAGCAUAGAGUAAAUCAUAAUAAUCCAAGAAUAUCACUUCCACAGAAAUAAAAAACUGUAUCCCUGU